UCCCUCAGUGGUGGCUGUGCACCGUGCACCGUUCAGCGUACAGUGGAUCCGUACCCCCGACCGGCAGGGAGCCGCUGCUAGGGGAUGACACCGGAUUGAGGACUGUGGGAGCCGGGUGCGAUGGGGCCCCUCCUGGCCUGGCAGAUGGUGGUGCCGCCGCUGUGGUGGGCCUAUCGGAAGGCGGCCCGGCAGCGCUCGGCGCUGCUGCUGGUGUCGCUGAUGAGCCUGCUGCUGGUCUCGGUGUACCACCGGCGCGCAGAGUGGGCUCUGGACGCGACGCUCGGACAGCCCGCCGAGGGACGGGCGGCGGCGGCGCCGUGCCAGCCGUGCACGCCGUGGCGCGCGGCGGCGCUCGUGGAGCGGCUGCCGCACUCGGCGGUGCGCAGCGGCCUGGCCGACGCGCUGUCCGAGGCCGGCCUGUCGACACACUGCGGCCAGUUGCAGCUGCUCGAGCCGCCGCUCUGCCGCGACCAGGACCUGCUGCCGCCGCGCGGCCCGUGCCUGGUCUACUCGGCCGCGCCCAGCGCCCGCCGGACGCUGGAGGUCGAGCUGGCGCGCUGGCCCGGCUGCGAGGUGCACCUGCUGGGCGGCGCACUGCUGCCGGCCGACCGGCUGCCGGCCAACGUCAGCCAGCACCAGGUGGAGCUGGCGGCCGGCGCCGGCCACCGGCGCGCCGCCGACGGCCGGCGGCUGGCGCUCAUGACACUAGAGCAGGUGACGGCGCUGCUGGGACACGGGCAGCGGCCCAUCCACUACCUGCGCCUGUCGGACGGCACGGCGGCCGGCACGGUGCUGGAGCAGCAGCUGUCGGCCGCCGGCGCCGCGCUCGACAGGGUGCUCCAGCUCAGCGUGCCGUUGCCGCUGGGCGAGGCAGCGCCGGCGGCCGAGCAGCGGCGGGCGCUGCGCACGCUCACCGCUCUGCGCGCACACGGACUGCGGCUGGCACACGCGGCGCGCCUCGCCCACCUCUCGGCCUCGUACGAGACGCUGUGGGUGCGCUGGGAGGCGCCUCCAUGCGGCGCCGUCACAGGUGAUGACGGCCGACCAUGCUGCGGCCGCGCAGCCCGGCCCUGUGACGAACUGGCACUGUGACACAUUGUGAUAGACCAGCCCCUGACGGACUGGUGGACUGUGACGGGCUCUGUGACGGACUUUAACUGUGAUUGGCCUGUGACGGACUCUGACUGGCGGACCGUGACGACUGAAGGGACUGUGAUUGUGACCCGGCCCUGUAAUAAAAACACAGGAAAAUGUGAUCGCGGCUAGCGGAAGUGAAAUGCGAUGCGAUCUCGACCCCCGGAGCUGAGGUGUGCCUGCGUUUGACGGAAGUGGGUCGUGUAGUAGGGUCACGCUGAGAAUGUCGCGGCAGUAUGCUAUGGCCACAGUUAGAUGCCGAGAGUGUGCCGUGACAUGUUAUCACUUUUGUCAAGGAGUUGUUGCAGUGUGAAAGCUUGCAAUGCGUUGUCACAAUAUUCUCGCUGUCGGCAGCAUGUUAUUGUUACAGUGAGGAUGUUACUAGUUAACAGUAUGUUUCUGUUAUGAGGCUGUCAACAGUACGCUAUUGACACAGUGAGAAUGUCAGCAGUGUUUUAUUGUCAAAGUGAGGAUGUCGGCUUAUAUGUUAAUGCUACAGUGAGGAUGUCGGUAUCUGUGCUGCUGUUUCGGUGAGAUGAGUAAGAGUUUAUAUUCUUCGUUGACACCUAUUUAUCAUGUGAUAAAACAACAUCGGUUGUCGUCUACCCGUAACAGUCCCAUCGGGAAUAUAAUUACUUGUCGACAGACACUGCUUGUGU